GCCUCCGCCUCGGGCCUCGCCUCGGGGUCGGGCCGUGACUGCGUGCUGCUGCAGGAGGACUUUCUGGCCCAUCGGGGCCGACCCCACGUGUACGUGCAGCGUAUCCAGCUCAACAACCCCACGGAGCGCGUGGCCGCGCUGCAGACUGUGGGGCCCACCGCCGGCCCCGGCCCCAAGGCCUUCACCAGUACCCUGGAGAAGGCCGGAGACCAUCAGUUCCUCCUCUACUCGGGCCGGUCCCCGCCCCUUCCCUCGGGGAUGGUGCAUCUGGUGGUGGUGGCCGCCAAGAAACUGGUGAACCUGCUGCAGGUGGCUCCCAAGACGCAGCUGGAUGAGACGGUGCUGUGGGUGGUGCACGUCUCCGGCCCCCUCCACCCCCAGGUGCUCAAAAGCAAGGCAGCCAAGGAGCUCAAGGCGCUGCAGGACUUGGCCCGGAAGGAAAUGCUGGAGCUGUUGGAGAUGCCCUCUGCGCAGCUGCUGCAGGACCACCAGCACCUCUGGGCGCAGCUGUUCAGCCCAGGUGUGGAGAUGAAGAAGAUCACCGAUGCCCACACGCCAUCCGGCCUGACCGUGAACCUGACGCUGUACUACAUGCUGUCCUGCUCGCCAGCCCCGCUGCUCAGCCCGGCCCUGAGUCACAAGGAGCGAGACCAGAUGGAGUCGACGCUCAACUACGAAGACCACUGCUUCAGUGGCCAUGCCACCAUGCACGCUGAGAACCUGUGGCCCAGCCGGCUGUCCUCGAUCCAGCAGACCCUGCAGCUCUCCGACCUUUGGAAGCUGACCCUCCAGAAGCGAGGCUGCAAAGGGCUGGUGAAGGUGGGCGCCCCGGGCAUCCUGCAGGGCAUGGUGCUCAGCUUCGGGGGACUGCAGUUCACCGAGAACCACCUGCAGUUCCAGGCCGACCCCGACGUGCUGCACAACAGCUAUGCGCUGCACGGCAUCCGAUACAAGAACGACCACAUUGACCUGGCCGUGCUUCUGGACGCUGAGGGCAAACCCUACCUGCACGUGUCCGUGGAGCCCCGAGGCCAGCCCAGCAAGAUCUACGCGUGCCAGGCCGGCUGUCUGCACGACCCCGUGGAGCUGACCUCGGCGCCCGCGGGCCACACCUUCCCCGUCAUGGUGACCCAGCCCAUCACGCCUCUGCUGUACCUCUCCACCGACCUCAUGCACCUGCAGGACCUGCGGCACACGCUGCACCUCAAGGCCAUCCUGGCCCACGACGAGCACAUGGCCCAGCAGGACCCCGGGCUGCCCUUUCUCUUCUGGUUCAGCGUGGCCUCCCUCAUCACCCUCUUCCACCUCUUCCUCUUCAAGCUCAUCUACAACGAGUACUGUGGGCCCGGAGCCAAGCCUCUCUUCAGGAGCAAGGAAGACCCCAGUGUCUGAGGGAACUGCGAGCCCUGCUCUCGGCCGCCAUUUGCACAGGACAGCCAGCCCCGCGCCUCUGCCUGCCGCGCUGCGGUGACCAGGGCUCGGGAAGCACCCACCCUCUGUGCCUUGCGGGGACAGCGAGGCGGAAGCGCGUGGAGGCGAGUUUGCACUGGAAGUGGGAGGGGCCGGCGGACUCCUGUAAGCUUUCCACCCAAUAAAUGAACCCGUAUGGAAAAUACUUGAAAUCAAACUCACUCCUUCGAACCCCGCCCCCCGCCCCCGUUUCUCCUGUCCCAGGAAAUAGGCCCCGUUUUAAAAAGACUCCUUUCGGAAAAAUGGUGUUCUUUUCCUAACUUAAUGUGUUCUUUUCUUGAAUUUUCUAAUUUAUUUUUGCUGCGAUUUCUCUGGAUGGCUUUUGCACCCACCUUAGGGGGUGAGCGUUGGCGGGCUCACCCGACCCCUGCCG